GGGCGAGUUGCGGUUGUGCCGUGAGGAGCCGAGCCGAGCCGUGCGCAGGGUAGCGCGUCCUGCAGGACCGGGGCCCAGCGGCCCCGAGCCCGCGGCAGCUGCUGCUCCCAUGAUGUGUGAAGCGGGACUGAUCGCACCGGAGCCCUCUGGCCCCAUGCAGUGCUAUGGUGAAUCGUCUGACACCUACUACCAUGUGGACCGCUGGCAGAGGCUGCGCACUGCUGUCAGGAAGCUGGAGUUCUGGGAAAACUUCAACGCCGAGCUGAUAGGCAGUGGCUUCUUCUCCAAGGUCUACAAGGUGACCCAGGCUGCUGCUUCUAAAGUGAUGGUGGUGAAGAUCUACAAGAAUGAUGUGGAUCAAGAGGUGAUUGUACGUGAGAUCAGCCUGCUGCAGAAGCUGUCCCACCCCAACAUUGUCAGGUACCUUGGGAUAUGCGUGAAGGAUGAAAAGCUGUACCCAAUUCUGGAGUAUGUGAAUGGGGGUUGCCUGGAGGAGCUCCUGGCCUGCAAAGACAUUGCUUUGACAUGGAAGGAAAAAGUGGACUUAGCUUCUGACAUCACCAGAGGCAUGAUCUACCUGCACUCCAAGAACAUCUACCACCGAGAUCUCAACUCCAAGAAUUGCCUCAUUCGAGUGACGCCGCGGGGCCACGAGGCACUGGUGACUGACUUUGGGCUGGCCAGGGAGGUAGUGGAGCUGCCUGUGAAGGACGUGGAGAGGAAGCUUUCUCUGGUGGGCUCAGCUUUCUGGAUGGCUCCUGAGAUGCUGCGGGGAGAGCCCUAUGACCGGAAGGUGGAUGUGUUUUCCUUUGGCAUUGUCCUCUGUGAAAUCCUGGGCAGGAUCCCAGCUGACCCUGAAGUGCUUCCCAGGACUCAGGAUUACGGCUUGGAUGUUGCUGCCUUCCAGGGGAUGAUCAGUGAAUGUCCCAAGCAGGUGAUGGACCUUGCUGCUAGAUGCUGUUGGGUGGAAGCAUUUAAGAGACCAUCAUUCUCCGAAAUCCUGGAUGAGUUGGAGGAUGUCAUGGAGAGCCUGGAACCUAGGAGGGACAAUCUGCUUUUGGGCUGAGCUGCAUGCCUCCUGUGAAGCUUGGCAAAGAAUUGCCCAAACUGUAAUUAACUGCCUGGGGGGGUCAGGAGUGAAGAAGAAAGGUGGGAAAGGGCAGAGCUAAGAGAUGUGCUGGAAUUUAUUUAAUCACAGACUUGGUCUCUAAUUUUUUGGAUGGAAAACAGGGUUAAAAAUGGAGAAGGGACUUACCAAGGGUAUAUUUUUCCUAGCUAAAUUUUUUAACACGUGUAAUUAGGACACAAAGCAGCCUUUGUCUGUUUGCUUGUUAAAACCAAAUGAUCCUGGAGGACCCUGAAUUCCCUUAAGGAUGCUUUCCGAUCCAUGAUAGAAACAUUAACCUCUCCUGCUUCCCUGUGGCCCCUGGACCCAGGGCCUUCCCCUUCUUCAUCUGCAAGGCCUUGGAGGGCUGGGGUCUGGCCACGAGAAGUAGAGGGGCUUUGGGGUGCUUGGUUAGGCUUGGAGUCACCUUGUAUUUCGAAGCCUUAAAGCACCCAUCCAGCAGCUUUGCAGGACAGGUAUGCUCUGUAAGGUCUCUGCCUGGGUCAGGGCUCACCUAGGCAUGGAGGCUCUGGGCAAGGCUUUGGAGAGUCAGACAAGGCCACUCAUGGGGUGCCAACCUGUGGCAGCCAAAGCAAUGGGGAGGGUGUGCCUUAUUAAGGUACCAACUAACAUUCCUCUCAGAAAAGCUUUGUCAGACACAGCAGCCUAGAUUUCUCCCAGCUGCCCUUGACUGGGGCUCAAGGAUGGAGGCUUCUGCCUCCCUCCUUCUUGUCCCAUUGCAAAGAGCAAAUUGCCAACAGCUUGUGAGGUGAAAUCAGGGAGAGCUGGAUCCAGCACCACUCAGCAUCUCACUAAUUUCUCUGCCUCCUUGGCAAUGUGGGACACCCUCACAGGCACCAGGGCUCAGGCAGCCAGGGAAGGACUUCAUUUUGAUACCAUGUUUUCUUCUAUGGGCCAGAGGAUGGUGCUGGGGCUGUGAACCCCAACCAGAGGUGGAAAGAGUAACAGCUAGAAAUGGUCUGAUGUUGCAAAUUAAGAAAAGGGGGUGAGCAAUCGAGUUCCUGCCUCCAGGUCAGCUGAUUGCUGGGCCAUUGGUCUGAAAGACAUGUUCUGCUGGGAUCAAAAUGUUUGUGGGUGUAAACAGGUCUAAUGUCUGUCUAGUGAUGGAGCUGUGGCUUUGUUCUUGUAGACUGUAAGCCCUUGGAGCAAGGAUCAUUCAUCUGUCUACCAAAAUGUAUUUGUACAGUAUGUAGCCAAUUGGGCCUUCUUCCAGCAUGGGGGCCUUCCAUGCCUGGGGGCCUCAUCUCAAGCUCUUGGAGCUCGAUUUAGUGUCAUGUAUAUCUAACAUCUCUGUGCCAUGGUGCCUGCACAAGGGAGUGUCAGUGGUGUGCUGGGAGAGAGACUUGGUGGAGGAGCAUGGUGCGUUUUUAACGGGGAUCAUAAGGAAUUGUAAGCUGUCAGGAAACACACUGAGUGGCACCAGGGUCACCACAUCAGCCAGGGGGCUCUUGGAGGUAUCUGCAGCUCCUCAUUCCCCAAAGGUGCCAUUGUGCUUUUGUGGGAUACUGACUUACUUGCACAAGAAACCUCCUGCUCAACACUAAACUGCCCAGCAGAUACCUUCAUCUCAGCUGGAUACUGUCAGUGUCAGGGAAGCAAAGCCUUGAGAAGUAGAAGACUGAAAAUAACAGAUGCUUUUCAACCUGGAGGAGAGAGCCACUCUGAAUCGCACCAGUUUGGUGACUUCACACCAGUGGAAUGAAAUGGACUGCAGCAUCAGUGCAGACUGCACUGAUAUGUAUGUGUGUCUUCAGUGAGGGGUAGUGACCACCAGCAUCACUGCAAUGUGUUGGACGAGAGUCACAGAAUGUAUAUUUGGCUGCCAGGAGAUAGACCUGAGGAGCUAACUGCAACCUUCCAAAGCUUCACAGGCUCCCCUGGGCUCUUUUUUCAUAUAGGGAUAGACUUGAGACUGAGGAAUCUUAACAGUAUGUCCUAACAACCAAAGCAUUAAGGAUACAAAGGCUUUUCCAAAGGCCACUAUGGAUGAAGGACAGCUUGUCCACCUUGGCUCAGUCCCUGGCUAGAUGCAUUGCUUUCACAAAGCCUUUCCUCAGCCUUCCCCACUGUCUGGUCAGUCAAGCUGCAGCCUAUUCUUCCUCUGCCUUCCUCUACAAAAGAGUAGACUAAAGGAAGAUCAUACAUACUCAACAUACCAAUCCCUCAUAUGGCCUCUUAUGGGGUGGAGGUGUCUUGUCUCCCUGCAAGGCUGCUCCUCUGCUGGCCACCCCAUUCCCAGGACCAGCAAGGCUUGGUGCUGGUGGUGCCCUACCAGAGACUGGGUUCAUCCUUCCUCCAGCCGUAUGUCUGACUCUGGUCCUGCAGAAUGACAACUGUGGGACUGGGACACAGCAGAAGAGGUAUGUGGAGUUGUGUGUACUUCAGUGAUGCUGUGGUAGGAAGGAAGAUGUUUUGGUUUUGUUUAUCUGCUUGGGGGUAAGAAGCUUGCUAAAGGAUUAAACAGAUGCAGGGGUGUGUGCGGAUAAUUUCUGCACAGAGCACACACAGCAUUAGCCAGCACAGUUUGAGCUGUAAGGAUUGUGUUUCUUCUGGAUUUGCCAUGUGCCCCAUCCACUCUCAUGACGGGGACAUACUCUGGAUCAUAGAUGACUGAAGGAUAUCAUGUCCUUGCUAGAAGGACCUCUGGUACCUGCUGCAGGAGCAGGUGGCACUGAGACUUUCUGCAGGCACCAUGUGGACUAGCAGAACCAACUGGGGAGCCUGCAAAGAACAGAAGUGGUCUGGGAACUUGCCUAGUUCAUCUUAUGGGCUAAGAGUUUCUCUUCACUGGUGAGAUGUGAGCAUGGGAAACCUGCUGAGAUGCCCUCCGGGUACAAGCCCCUGUGCUGGGAGUGCAGGGCCUGACUUCCCCAUGCCAGUCUGAUGCAAAGACCAGGUCAGUGGUUGAAUUUCAUGUCUUGGGAGUCCUGGCACUGAACUGAAGUAACUGUGAUGGUCGGUGGAGGUUCCAGGAUAGUGCAGCAGGCUCCCCUUUGCUGGACCAGACCAGGAGCCUUUGCCUCUUCCUUCUGUUGUCCACUUGCUGUGCAGGUGGCUGAUGGCGUGGACCUGGCCAUGCUGUUCCCCAUGGGCCAUGGGUUCCUACAUUCUCUGUUGUUUGUUUGCUUUUAUAAAUGCUAUUUGGGAAUAAAUUCCAGUGGGUCUUUUCUACAUCAGCCCUGGCUGCUGUGUUUUAAUCAUCCUGGGUCUGCUGAGUGGUGCUGCCGAAAUGUCAUGUUUCCAAGCAGAGGCACCAAACACAACUAAAUGAACAGCUUUGUGCUCUAUCAGCCUGGCAUAAUAAACCUUUAAUUAAAGUAACUUACAGAAGAGUA